AACGGCUUUUCCAACCUGGUCCCAGCACAGUGGCUGCGUGGUGAGAAGAAGGGCGGUUCUGCCAUCCGUGAGGUGGUGGCCACAGAGGACAAUGUCGACAUUCACAAGUGCAUCCAUGGCGUGGGCUUCCGGAAGCGUGCCCCUUGGAAACUCAGCAAGAUCCAGAAAUUUGCCAUGAAAGAGAUGGGAACACCAGGUGUGCACACUGACACCGGGCUCAACAAAGCUGCCUGGGCCUAAGCAGUGAGGAACGUCCUGUGCUGUAUCCGUGUACGGCUGUCCAGGAAAAUGAAUGAUGUUGAAGAGUCACCAAACAAGCUCUAUACAUCGCUUACCUAUGCUGUCACUACUUCCAAAAACUCACAGACGGUCAAUGAAAACUAA